UCAUUAAAAUUUUAUUAUUCAGCCGAAACUCGAAGCAAGUUUCGGCCUGAAUUUCAUCUUAAUUUCGCCGAAGUUCAUACUCGUGGCUCUUGUGACUUGCUAGUUCUCAAAUCCGGCGAAAUUUCAGUUAGUUUCCGAGAAACAUGAAUUCCAGUUCGGUCUUCUCAGUUGCACAGACCGGCUUUCGUCACCGAAACCCUCCAAAACAAAGCGUUGAGAACUUUGCCAGUGUCACGUGUCAAUAUGUUUGCGUCAUAAAAUAUCAGUCCCUUUGUUCCGCUAAAUUCGCGUCGCCGCUUCUUUGAACGCCUACUAUGUUUUUUUGAGCUCAAAAGCUUGACCUUCAACCCUCUGCUUCUUCUACCAUGGAAUUGAAGCCCUAAAGAUUUCUCUUUUGUUAUUGAGAGAGAACCUGACUCUUCAUCUUCCAUGGCUGCUUCGACCUUGAAUUCAUGGCUUCCCCUUCUUCAAUGGCACCAGUCCUCGCAGAUCAAUAGAAGUUCUCUAUCAAUGGUGGGAAAACCCUGCUUUAAAUGGUUGAGGAAUGGAGCUCGGCUUAGCGAUCUUUGUGCUUCGUGCUUCACUAAUAGGCUAGAAAGCAGGAUGGUAGAGGAUUUCCAUGGGGAAAAAUCGUGUUGGGGGAAUGCGCAGUUUGUUGGGUGGUUUAGGCAGGCAUGGCCUUAUAUUCAUGGACACAGGGGUUGUACGUUUGUGAUUAUUAUUUCAGGGGAGAUUGUUGCUAGUCCUUAUUUGGAUGGAAUUUUACAGGACAUUUCUCUCCUCCAUGGUUUAGGAAUCAAAUUUGUCAUUGUUCCUGGAACUCAUGUGCAAAUUGACGAACUUUUGGUUGAGAGAGGCUGCAAACCAAAGUAUGUUGGGCGCUAUAGACUUACAGAUUCUGAUUCGUUAGAGGCUGCAAUGGAAGCAGCUGGCAGAAUCCGUCUCACAAUUGAAGCAAAGCUUUCUCCUGGUCCUCCUAUACUUAGUCUUCGUCGCCAUGGGGAUAAUAGUCGUUGGCAUGAUGUUGGAGUUAGUGUUGCAAGUGGGAAUUUUUUAGCAGCAAAGAGGAGAGGGGUUGUUGAAGGUAUUGACUUUGGAGCAACUGGAGAAGUGAAGAAGAUAGAUGUUUCUCGCAUACAAGAAAGGCUAAAUGCAAACUGUAUAGCUAUAGUAAGCAAUUUGGGCUACUCGAGCUCUGGGGAAGUUUUAAACUGCAACACUUAUGAAGUUGCCACUGCUUGUGCACUAGCUAUUGGGGCUGAUAAACUCAUCUGCAUUGUUGACGGUCCAAUACUUGAUGAAAAUGGAAGGCUUAUUCGUUUCAUGACACUCCAAGAUGCUGACUUGUUAAUUCGUAAGAGGGCUGAACAAAGUGAAAUUGCUGCAAACUAUGUCGAGGCUGUUGGAGAAGAAGAUAUCAUUUCACCUGGAUAUGUCAACCAUGGUGGGUCUAACCAUGUACUAGCCUAUGGGAAUGGAUGCAUUAAAAAGGCUAAUCCAACGUUUCAGAAUGGUGUUGGUUUUGACAAUGGAAACGGGAUAUGGGCAAGUGAACAGGGAUUCGCAAUUGGUGGAGAGGAACGGUUGAGUAGAUUAAAUGGUUAUCUCUCAGAAUUGGCUGCUGCAGCUUUUGUAUGCAGAGGCGGUGUUCAAAGAGUUCAUCUAUUAGAUGGCACUAUAGGUGGAGCAUUGUUACUUGAAUUAUUUACAAGGGAUGGAGUAGGAACAAUGGUGGCGAGUGAUGUUUAUGAGGGGACACGAAUGGCUAGGGUGACAGAUAUUGCUGGCGUCAAACGACUUAUACAACCUUUAGAAGAAUCUGGCGCAUUAGUUAGAAGAACUGAUGAGGAGCUACUCAAAGCAUUGGAUUCUUUUAUUGUGGUGGAGAGAGAGAGCUCUAUUAUUGCAUGUGCUGCUCUUUUCCCUUUCCUCAAUGAAAAGUGUGGAGAAGUUGCUUCUUUUGCUGUCUCCCCUGAGUGCCGUGGGCAUGGACAAGGAGACAAAUUGCUUGACUAUGUUGAGAAGAAAGCCUCAUUGUUGGGAUUGGAGUCUCUCUUCCUUCUGACGACGCGUGCUGCUGACUGGUUUGUGCGGCGAGGUUUUUCGGAAUGUCCCAUUGAAUCCAUUCCAGAGGAGAGGAGGAAAAGAAUCAAUCUCUCUCGAAGAUCAAAAUAUUACAUGAAGAAAUUGCAACCGGAGCGAGGAGGAAUUACUGUUGAUAAAGUUUUGUUUAGGUGAUGCUGGAUCCUCCUUUGUAUUGUCUACUGUUUUUUUGUUGGUACGUGGCUUCGCUGUAAUUGAUAUUUGUUGGAAGAGAAGGGAUAAAAUAUUUUGUAAGAUGUGGAAUCAGUGUUUCGAGACUUGGCUGGGGCCACUCAGACUUGGCCGAGUUACUCAGCCUUGCCCUAAGGGCGAGGCAAGUUUUAUCCUAGUAGGUUGUAAUGAGAUUUAGAUAGUACAUAUAUACUUUUAUGUCA